AUGUCCGAUGCAGACGUGGAGAGGCUGAAGGGCCUCGUCAGGGGCACCUUGGAAGCCAACGGGGUGCUGGGCCAGGUGCGCGCCGAGCUGCUCGCGGAGGUCUGCCGGGCGGCCGACGGGGGCCAGCCCAAGCGCACGCCCGCCGCGGCCGCGCGGCUGCUGCAGGCCCCCGCGGGCCGGCUCCUGGCCGGUCUGGUGCGGGAGUUCCUCGAGUUCUACAGCCGCGGGGAGGCGUAA